AUGUUCCCCAAUACAGCGAACCUCUGCAACCAGAAAUCGUUUGCCAUCUCCUCCCACGAGUCUGGUCUCUCCCAUGAGUGUGUGAAGAGAAGCUACCAUUCACUCCCCUGGGUCGAGAGCUGGGCCGGCGGCGGCGGCGGCUGGAAGAGCGUCGAGGAGCAGAGCGGGUUCAGAAUGUCCUGCUGCUGCUGCCCGGUGAUGCACAAGGGGAUGCUCUACUGCCUUGGACAGGAGGGUGCUCUAGGGGUCUACGAUCCCGGCGAGGCGACGUGGAGCGCGCUCCCCAAGCCCGCCGGCUUCGGCCCGGAGCUCGCCUACAAGAAUUGCCACCUCGUCGACUCGCGGUCGGAGCUGCUCGCCGUCCUGACGGGCAGCAAUGGAGCCCCGCCCAUCUACGUGCUGAGGCUCGACGAGGCCAAGAUGGCAUGGAAGAGGGUCAAGUCAUUGGACGGCCAGUCCCUUUUCACCGGAACGACGUCGUCGGUGUCGGUGGCAAAGCCGGCCGUCGAGUCCAUGGCCGACAAGGUGUACCUUCCCAGGCUCUAUGGCCGGCCGCAGGUGAUCCAGGCGGUGCUCGCCGCCUCCGAUGGUCGGCUCUUCUUCGUCGGCAAGGCGGCAGAGCUGGAGCAGCAGGGAUUGGUCACGGCGUCCGGCGGUGGGGUUGACGGCGGCCCCUGGUGCUACAACAUGGAGUCAGACUCCGGCGGGCAAUUCCUGGGCUCCAAGACCCUGCUGCAGUCCUUUUGGGCUCAUCUCGCCGGAUGAGGAUGACGAUGAUGAUGAUGGAAUGGUU